CCUACAACUCCCACAAGCCCCCUCGGCCCGGGGCCGCGGCCCGGCCCGGGGUGGGGGCGGAGGCGGAGGCGCGGGAGUUGUGGAGGGGGCGGGCUCUGCAGGGAAGUGCGUCAGAGGAGGCGCGCGGAGGGAAGGGUGCUGUGGUCUGAGCUAGAGGGUGAAGCUGGCGGAGCAGGAGGAUGGGCGAGCAGUCUGAAUGCCAGAAUGGAUAACCGUUUUGCUACAGCGUUUGUAAUUGCUUGUGUGCUUAGCCUCAUUUCCACCAUCUACAUGGCAGCCUCAAUUGGCACAGACUUCUGGUAUGAAUAUCGAAGUCCAGUUCAAGAAAAUUCCAGUGAUUUGAACAAAAGCAUCUGGGAAGACUUCUUUAGUGAUGAGGCAGAUGAAAAGACUUACAAUGAUGCACUUUUUCGAUACAAUGGCACAAUGGGAUUAUGGAGACGGUGUAUCACCAUACCUAAAAACACACAUUGGUAUAGCCCACCAGAAAGGACAGAGUCAUUUGAUGUGGUCACAAAAUGCACGAGUUUCACAUUAACUGAGCAGUUCAUGGAGAAAUUUGUUGAUCCCGGAAACCACAAUAGUGGAAUUGAUCUACUUAGGACCUAUCUUUGGCGUUGCCAGUUCCUUUUACCUUUUGUGAGUUUAGGUUUGAUGUGCUUUGGGGCUUUGAUUGGACUUUGUGCUUGCAUUUGCCGAAGCUUAUAUCCCACCAUUGCCACAGGCAUUCUCCAUCUCCUUGCAGGUAGGUCUUGUCAGCAUACGUACCUCUUAGCAGCCUCUUCUCUCCUUAGGCACUACAGAAUUACAAGUCUUAAACAUUCACUUAUUAUUGCCCUGUCUCAUUGCUGGAAAAGCUCUUUACUAAGCUUUGUUUUGUUUUCUAAAUUUCCUCCCCAAGGUCUGUGUACACUGGGCUCAGUAAGUUGUUAUGUUGCUGGAAUCGAACUACUCCACCAGAAACUGGAACUCCCUGAGAAUGUGUUGGGUGAAUUUGGAUGGUCCUUCUGCCUGGCUUGCGUCUCCGCCCCCUUACAGUUCAUGGCGUCUGCUCUCUUCAUCUGGGCUGCGCAUACCAACCGCAAGGAGUAUACCAUAAUGAAGGCCUAUCGUGUGGCGUGAGCGGGAAGCUGCCUGUUUUAACAUUGCCAUGUUUAUCAUUUUUUAAUACUGACAUUUCCCCUUGCCACUCUCCCAGUUAUGUUUAAUUUUUAUUUUUUUGUGGAUGUACCAUUUAAUUUUGAAAAUCUAUUUUAUUUAUACACACACACCACUAAAUUCACACUUGAUACCACUAAAAUUUAUGUGGUUUACUCUGAUUCCAUCUUUCAGACAAACUAAUCUAGGUCCUGAGUCCAGACAGAAAGUAAUGGAUAGAGGUUUGGCAUGAAUUUGUGAAAGAAAAUUGGAGGUAGGAAAUUGACCUCAAGCAAUUUCUACUAGUGUCUGAUAGACUUUUCAGUAGAAGUCAAGUGUAUCUGUUCAAGUAAAAACUCUUUAGUUUUUAUGGGAAACCUCUUAUCACUGUCAAAACUUCAUGUUCAAUUCGCUGUUGUAGAUAGCCAGUCAGCCAGUGGUGUAAGUGCUAUUUUCAAAGAUUUAAGCUUUAUAAAAUUGGGAAAUAAACCAAGAUCUUUUUCCCUAAAUGUUGGCACGUAGCUUCAUCUGAGGUGAAAUAUGGCAGCUGUUUAUGUCUACACUAUGUCGGUCUACAAAAAGUGAAAAAUACAGUGUUUACUUGAAAUUUUAACUUAGUAACUGCCAGAGUUGUACUUCAACCAGACAAGAGGGUUAGUCUAAUUUUAUUAUUUUACUCUUAAAAAAAUAAAAAAAACUCUCCUUAAUAGAAUUUUCAGUACGACCAAAUCAUUUUGGAUUUUUGCCUCUUCCCCUUCACAUAACAUGGUUAUUAAAAGUGUGCUUUCUUUUUAACAUUACAGAAGGGUGACAGAGUAAAAUUCCCCAACUGCUACCUGUUUAUUUCAGCCAAGUACCAUAAAGAAGUCUCCACUAUAAUGAUCCUCCAGAGCUGGGAAACCUACCACAAGAUUUAAAGUUUUGGCUGUCCAUUAACCUCCGACUAUGGUCUUUAUUUCUUGUGGUAAAAUGAUGUGCCUUUCCUUGCCUAAAUUCCUUCCUGGUGUGUAUCAACAUUAUUUAAUGUCUUCUAAUUCAGUCAUUUUUUAUAAGUAUGUCUAUAAACAUUGGACUUUAAAAAAUAUUUAUUUAUUCCAUUACCGUAGCAAUUGACAGAUUUAAAAAAGAAAAUGUAACUUAGUAAUUUCUUACCAUAUCCAAAAUCUGUCUUUUUUAAAAAAUAAAAAUGAGAAGAGUCUCAAAUAA